UUUCUCUGUUUCAAGCAUCUCUUGCUUCUAUAUAUCUACAUUGACAUAGCAAUAUUUGUUUUGUGAACGAGUGAUCGAUGGAUUCUAAUUGUUCUGACUAUAUUCUAAACCAUGCUACUCUUUCUUCUGUUUAUUAUCAAGGCAAUAAUAAGGACGGUAGUAACUUUAUUGAUUUGGGGCUUAGCCUUAGAGCUUUGCAGCCUGAGGCCUAUUAUCCAUCUGCUCAUGUACUGCAUGCAGGUGGUUAUGAUGAGCUGAUAGAUUGGCAGCAUUUGCAUCCACAACUAGGGAAUAAUCCAAGAAGUGAAUAUCCUACAAAUUUUAUGGAAAUUAAUAAUUAUGAUGAUGAAGCUGAAGGCAUUCAAAGCAAAGAGAACUUGUCAUAUGUGAAAGUUAGCAUGGAUGGAGUAAUUGUUGGAAGGAAGAUUUGCAUUCUUGAACAUUCAAGCUAUUCUAACCUUGCAAUUCAACUAGAACACAUGUUUGGAAAACAUUCUAUGGAUGGGCUAAGGCUAUUCCAAGAUGAUUCAGAGUUCUCUUUAUUUUACAAGGACAGUGAUGAGCAAUGGAGGACUGUUGGAGAUGUUCCAUGGAAUGAGUUUGCUGAUCGUGUGAAGAGACUAAGAAUUGUGAGGAAAGAUGAAGCAUUCAUCACCAAUUCAUCUGCGUUACUAAGUUCUGUUUGAUACUCAAAUUCCUUAGUUUAGCAGAAGAAAAAGAAAGAAUUAUUAAUUUCUGCUAAAGCUUUGAUAUAUAUGUUAGUGCAACAUUUAUCUUUCUGACUUAAUUAGUUGUAUUAUUAAUCCUAUUAUUACGAGCUGGUCUGGUAUUGUAUUCAGAAGUUUUUUACUUAAUUUUGCAACUUGGAAUUUCAUUGU